AUGCAUAUCUUCUUGUCUGCUGCUGCUGCUUCUGCUGUUGGUGCUGUUGUUGUUGCUGCUGCUGCUGCUAGAGAGCAGCGGCGCACAGCAGCAGCAGCAGCAGCAGCAGCAGCAGCAGCAGCAGCAGCAGCAGCAGCAGCAGGAACAGCAACAGCAGCAGCAGCAAAAGAAGCACACAAAGACCAUUAUUAUACCCAUCCACAGCUUCAGCAGCAACAACAACAGCAGCAGCAGCAACAGAAGCAGCAGCAACAGCAUCAUCAUCAGCAGCAGCAGCAUCAUCAGCAGCAGCACCACCACCAUCACUGCCACCACCUCCAGCAACAGCAGCAGCAACAGCAGCAGCAACAGCAGCAGCAACAGCAGCAGCAACAGCAGCAGCAACAGCAACAGCAGCACCACCACCAGCAUCAGCAUCAGCAUCAGCAGCAGCAACAGCAGCACCACAACCAGCAGCAGCAGCAGCAGCAGCAGCAGCAGCAGCAGCAGCAGCAGGAACAGCAACAGCAGCAGCAGCAAAGGAAGCACACACAAAGACCAUUAGUUUACCCAUCAACAGUUUCAGCAGCAACAACAACAGCAGCAGCAGCAACAGAAGCAGCAGCAACAGCAUCAUUAUCAGCAGCAGCAGCAUCAUCAGCAGCAGCACCACCACCAUCACUGCCACCACCUCCAGCAACAGCAGCAGCAACAGCGGCAGCAACAGCAACAGCAGCAGCAACAGCAGCACCACAACCGCCACCACCAUCAGCAUCAACAUCAGCAGCAGCAGCAACAGCAGCAGCAGCAGCAGCAGGAGCAGCAGGAUAUUUUACCUUUAUGUGUAGCUUGUUGCAGAUACUGUAG